AUGCCCGACGUGGUGAGGAUGCAGGGCUGCGGGGUGCAGAUGCUGCUGCUGCCAGUGGACCCCGACGAACCCCCCGGGGCAGAGCCUGGUCUUGCCCUGUGGAUCCCACAAGAAGCUGCUGCCCUGGUUGGAGACCCCGACGACCCAGCUGAGCCCCCACCUGGCCCUGCUGUUCCUGACCCAGCUGGGGACCCCCACGUUCAAGCCAAGCUCUGUUCCACUCUGGCCGAGAUCCCCCCAGCUCCCGCCCUGGCUGGGGACCCCGACACCCCAGCUGAGCCCCCUCCCUUCCCUGCAGCUCCCGCCCUGGCUGGGGACCCCGACACCCCAGCUGAGCCCCCUCCCUUCCCUGCAGCUCCCGCCCUGGCUGGGGACCCCGACACCCCAGCUGAGCCCCCUCCCUUCCCUGCAGCUCCCGCCCCAGCUGGGGACCCCGACACCCCAGCUGAGCCCCCUCCCACCCUGGCCGAGAUCCCUCUAGUCCUCACAGCUCCCGCCCCGGCUGGGGACCCCGACACUCCAGCUGAGCCCCCUCCCUUCCCCCCAGCUCCUGCCCUGACUGGGGACCCUGACACCCCAUCUGAGCCCCCUCCCACCCUGGCUGAGAUCCCUCUAAUCCUCACAGCUCCUGCCCCGGCUGGGGACCCCGACACCCCAGCUGAGCCCCCUCCCUUCCCUGCAGCUCCCGCCCCAGCUGGGGACCCCGACACCCCAGCUGAGCCCCCUCCCACCCUGCCCGAGAUCCUUCCAGUCCUCACAGCUCCUGACCCAGCUGGGGACCCCAGAGUCCCAGUCAAGCCCCCUCCCACUUUCGUGGCUCCGAGAUGGGGGCCGAGCCCCCAGGCCCUGCAGCGCCCAGAGGCCGCCGGACCUGAACCCAGCUGGGAGUUACCUGUCUUGGUGCCCAGUGCCCCCGUGGUUCUCCCGGCAUCGGGGCUGGGCAGCAGCUCGUGGUUCCGGCUUGGGGCGGAGCCCCCCCCCGCCCUGGGUGAUCCCGGUGCUGCUGCUCGCCCAGUUGUGUACCCUCCCCCCCAGGAGGUCCCCCCGGCCCCCUCUGCAGCCCCAGAGCCGCCCUCCCUGCGCCCAGCGGCACCGGGGCCACCCCAGGCCCGGCUCAAGCGGGUCCAGUUGGUGCCUCCCUUCCAAGACCACCCCGGGGCUGGGGAUGCCCCUCGGGCACAGCCGGUCCCUAGAGCCCUGGGUCCGAAUCAGGGCACGUCAGCGGCCGUGGGAUCCCCUGUGGGCCCGAUCCCUGCAGCUCCAUCCACGGGCCAGGCCGUCUCCCCUGCUAAGCAGCUCCCAGGGGUGGCCCCGGCUCCCCUCCCUCCUCCAGAUGCUAGUGGCUUAGUGACCCCCGAGCGGGGCUGGCCAGACGCCGGGCGCCCUGGCUCGGGUGGAGAUAUCGGCUCUCCUGUUGACCCCUUGCUGCGCUGCCGUCCGGCUCAGCCAGUCCUCUGCAGGGGACCCAGCCGGGCCCAUGGGCCGAGAUCCCCUCUGCCCACUCGCCGCCACGCCACACCGACACCUGCGUUCUCCUAUAGCCACCGCUGGCAACUCGGGCUGAUGGCUCUGGGGUGGAGCAGGUCGGCCUGUGGCCAACUCGCCCGGCCUCCGCCUUUGUUCCGGCAACCGAAUUCCUUCUGCAGCGCCAGCGGGGGAGCGCGGGGGCGUCGCUUUGCCGCUCCGUGCCUCGGUUUCCCCACGCUGCAGGAUGGAAUUAAUGAGUGCGACCUGCUGGGGAGCGGGUUCUAG